CGUCAUAGGGGCUGGCCUUGGACACCAAACAGCAGCCACGCGAGGCCACAGGCUGCAGGUGCCAGUCUAUCAUAGUGCACCGCAAACUCCACACGCAGCACGAGAGGGAGGAAACAGAGCAUAUUGUAUAAGUAAUAAAAUGAAUGUUUUAUGUUGUUUCUUAGCAUGUGAAUCACAGUCGGUACUUUUAACCUUUCGUAGACAGUGCAUCACUGUCAUCUAGAGUAAAACAGGAAUAUGAAAAUAUGGAAUAAGUCACUUCUGUCUGCUGUCUAACUGCCAGCUUUAUUCAUUCAUUGAUUAAACAAGUGCAGAAUCGCAUGUCACAUGCGCGAAUGCAUUUCAAAGCCCUGCGGCCACCGAUCCAAAGUUCCAAACCCAUGGUGCGCCUAAUGCGCAUGUGCGGAAGAGCAGAAAGAACUCGGGAGUCCAGUGCCGAGAGCUGCCGGCUGCUGGGAGGCAGUACUUGUGUGUGCGUCCGUGCGACUGUCCGUCUGUCCUUUGGCAAAGGUCUUCGCUCAUCUCCCAGACAGAUUUGUCCUGGCGUUAAAAGAAGCUGCUUUAGUUCAGUGCCUUGAAGGACAGGCCCCAGGUUACUCCAGUUUUAGGACAAUGGUUGUCAUCUGAAAAUAAUCCAUGAUGAAGCAGAGAGUGACAGCAGGACAGAGGUGGAGUCACACAGUGAAAAGAGCAGGCUGGCCACAGACCUCCCUCUUCUGAGGAACCCCUCCUAAUGGCCAGCGGAGGAAGUACUGAAGAUGACACCCCGCAGCAGACGAAGAUCUGCCAGUUCAAGCUAGUGCUGCUGGGAGACAUGGCAGUGGGCAAAUCCAGCCUGGUUUUGCGGUUCGUGAAGGGCCAUUUUGACGAGUUCCAGGAGACCACUAUAGGAGCUGCAUUUCUGGCACAGUCAGUAUGUCUAGAUGACACAACCAUCAAGUUUGAGAUUUGGGACACGGCAGGACAGGAGCGCUAUCACAGCCUGGCUCCCAUGUAUUACCGAGGUGCUCAGGCUGCCAUCGUGGUGUUCGACAUCACCAAACCGGAGACCUUUGAGCGGGCCAAGGCUUGGGUGAAGGAGCUCCAAAGGCAGGCCAGCCCCAGCAUCGUUAUCGCCCUGGCGGGGAACAAAGCUGACCUGGCGGACCGGCGCAUGGUGGAGUACGAGGAGGGUCAGGCCUACUCGGAAGAUGCUGGCCUGCUGUUCAUGGAGACUUCCGCAAAGACCGCCAUGAAUGUCAAUGAGCUGUUCCUGGCUAUUGCCAAGAAGAUGCCAAAGAUGGACACCCAGAACCCCACACAUGCUGCUUGGCACAGGGGGGUAAACCUUCAGGAGCCGAACGGCCAGUCUUCCUGGGGCUGCUGUGCUAGCUAAUGUGGCUGUACUUCAGAGCACUGCAGAGCACUGCUCCAGACCCCAAGCCUGCUGCACCCUGUUGGCGAUCCCGAGUGGCUGGGAAUGCUGUCUUUGGGAAGCAAGUGGAAGAAAGUGGCAGAAAUUCCAAAGGACAAUAAGAAAAUAAAAUGUCCCGCUAUUUUGUAUAUUAUCUAGCGCCAUUGGGAGGUUUUAAGUGGUGAGGGACAAAAUGAUGCCUUGUGAACCAUCUGCUGUAUGUUUUGACCCCACUAGAUGGUGCUCUUGCUUUGCUUAGGGGUAUCCUUUGUGUUCUUUUUUUGAAAAGAAAGCGCCAUCUAGUAAUGGGAUCAAAAAAUACAGCAAAUGGUCCACAAAGCAUCAUUUUUUCCAUCACUAGUUCUAAGUAUGUAAAAUUAAGUAACAGCCUUUUUUAAAAAAAAAAAUACGAAGCACUGCUGAUGAGUGACAGAGGUGGAGGGAACGUUGUAUAGUUUUAGUCCAGGUGAUGGAGUACAAGGAGAAGGCAUCAAGGUGGCUGAAACUCUGGUUAGUUUAAAGUCUUAUUGGUUGCUCUCACUAUAUGAAGGACCCGUCAGGGGUACCCCGUUACCUGCAUCAGACACUGAGUCAAGCUAGACACAUUUAAAAUACCUGUUUGUGAGUCUCCCGAUCUCUUCCACCUCUUCUACUAGUUGAUGAGGUGAAAGCCUGACCCCCCCAUGCAGAACAUAGCUACAGCAUUCCUGGAGGACUGCACUGUCGGCCUCCAGUGCUGGUUCUGACCCUGUCCCUUCCAAGUCAUGGUUAUGUGUGUCCAUAUGGAUCUACAUGCUUCUGUCUAUCAGCUUCUAUGCAUCUUCUCCUUUUGGAAUGUUAAUUUACAGUGACAUUAUAUAUGAUACUGUGUGAAUAUUAUAACUAUAUUAUUAUAAUACUAAUAUAAUAAGCAAUAUUGAAUAAAGCAGAGAAUUGUAUUGUUCUAUAUUUUUUAAGGUGAUCGGGUUGGGUGACAUGCAUUUUGUCCACCGAUCCAGUCA